UGCUCAGCUCCUCUCCUCCGACUCUCCCCUGCAGCACACAUCCUGGAAGAGAGAGGCGCAGGAGGAAGAGAACCAGCUUCACAGACUCCCGGAAUCUACUUUAAACUCAUUUUUACACUUUUGUUUGUAGACAGAGUCGAGUUGUAUUACUUAUUUUACCGGUAGACAUACGCUUUAAGAAAGUACGUCACAGUUUGUAAUGAAGUUAAAGAGUUGAAGUGAAGUUGCGUUUUCAAGCUGACUUUUGUAACGUCGUCCCAGUGUGAAGCGCCUUUUAUUUUAUGUUCUUUUUUUUUUUUUUUUUUAAAGUCUUUUUUCCCGUCGCAGAGACCUAUAAUAGCGCCGAAGGAAUUUUAAAACUUUAAAAUAGGCCCUUUAGGUUGGUGCCAAGCUGUUUUCCAAAAGCAGCGAACUUUAGCGCAGUUAAGCGGCGCAUUAAUGCGAAGUAGAGAAUAAAAUCGGGAUUUCGUGAUGUAUUUUUGAAAGUGCCCCCCAAAUCCGAAUCGGUGUCGUUCGGACAAGGGGAGACUUUGAUGGAGGUUUUAUGUGGGACCCGCUAUGAUGGACGUGGUAGAUGAAACAGAGGCUUUACAAAGAUUUUUCGAAGGUCAUGAUAUUACCAGCUCUCUGGAGCCAGCCAACAUCGACACCAGUAUCCUGGAAGAGUACAUCAGCAAGGAGGACGAUAGCACUGACAUCUGUUUCUCAGAGGUCCACAGCACCCCAGGACCAAAUUAUUCAUCUCCUCAGGCAGGGGUGUCCACCUCUGGGGGAUUGGUUUGUGGUGUGAGCCCUCCUAUUCCUCUACGCCAAGGAGCCCCUCCACCUGGGCCCCCUAGCUGUCAGAACGCCUACCCCCAGGGUCCAUCUCUGGGGCUCCGACACAGUUACCCCUGCCUGGGACAGCAGCAGCAGCAACAUCAGCAGCAGCAACACGCUCACGUCAAGCCAGAGCACAGGGGCCAUUACGCUCCAGGGAAUCUUCCCGAGUCCCCGCCAGACUCUAGCUCUGAGCCUUAUUCCCCUCAACAGGUGAAUGAUCCUCACAUGAUCAGAACCAUGACACCAGAGAACAUGUGUCAUAUGACUCCAACGCCACCCCUUCCAUCACACGGGCACUACCCCAGCAUGCAUCGGGACAUGUACCUGAAGCCGGAGCCCGUGAUAUCGCAGUAUUCUAUUGGUCCGGCCACUAGUGGAAGCGGGGACAUGCAGCAGACGCAGAUGCUCCAUCAGCUGCUGCAGCAUCCUCAGGGGCAAGACAGCAUCCCUGUUCAUCAAGCCAAGAAGAGGAAGCACUCUGACUCUCCCAACAGCACCUUGAAUUCCCAAAUCCUCACAGGUAUCAUCAAACAAGAACCAGGUUUAAUGCAGGAUGCAGACAACACCUACCUGGACCCAAACUAUCAGUGCAUCAAGUGGCAACCUCACCAGCAGAACAAAUGGACACCACUAUAUGAUGCCAACUGCAAAGAGCUUCCAAUGCCAACCUAUCGCGUCGACGCUGACAAAGGCUUCAACUUCUCCUUGGCUGACGAUGCAUUUGUAUGCCAGAAGAAGAACCAUUUCCAGGUCACUGUCUAUGUCGGGAUGCUUGGAGAUCCCAAAUAUAUCAAGACGAAUGAAGGCCUGCAGCCCAUAGACUGCUUUUAUCUCAAACUGCAUGGAGUGAAGGUGGAAGCGAUGAAUCAGUCCAUCAGUGUGGAGCAGUCCCAGUCCGACCGCAGCAAGAGGCCUUUCAAGCCAGUGCUUGUCACGUUGCCCCCCGAGCAAGUCACCAAAGUCACAGUAGGGCGGCUCCACUUCAGCGAGACCACAGCCAAUAACAUGAGGAAGAAGGGCAAACCAAACCCUGAUCAGAGGUAUUUUAUGUUGGUAGUGGCCCUGCACGCACAGUCCCACAGUCAAAGCUACACUGUGGCUGCACAUGUGUCUGAGAGGAUCAUCGUCAGGGCAUCCAACCCAGGCCAAUUUGAAAGUGACAAUGAGGUUUUGUGGCAGCGGGGGCAGUUGCCAGACUCUGUGUUCCACCACGGCAGAGUCGGCAUUAAUACAGACCGUCCAGACGAGGCUCUCGUUGUGCAUGGCAACCUGAAAGUCAUGGGCUCCCUUGUCCAUCCGUCAGACAUCAGGGCAAAAGAAAAUGUCCAGGAGGUUGACACCACAGACAAUUUAAAACGGAUUUCUCAGAUGAGGCUGGUCCAUUACCAAUACAAGCCUGAGUUUGCUGCAACUGUGGGCAUAGAGAACACAGCAGAGACAGGUGUGAUUGCCCAGGAAGUUCAGCAGAUCUUGCCGGAAGCUGUAAAGGAGGGAGGUGAUGUAGUGUGUGCCAAUGGAGAAACUAUUCCAAACCUGUUAGUAGUCAAUAAGGAGCGUAUCUUUAUGGAGAAUGUCGGAGCUGUAAAGGAGCUCUGCAAGCUGACGGACAACCUGGAGACUCGCAUAGAUGAACUGGAGCGCUGGAGCCGCAAACUGGCCAAGCUGCGGCGCCUUGACAGCAUGAAGAGCACAGUGAGCGGGAGCACGGUGAGCCAGUCGGGAAGUUAUUUUAGCAGAACAGGAAGCGGCGCACUCAAGAAAAAGACUGUCAAACCCGGGAGCAAGAGCUCACCUCUAGAUCACGGUUGCAUCAGUCAGAAGUUCGUGCAGGGGACGAUCCUGGCUCUUCUCAUUGUCAUGGCCUUCAGUGUCAUUUCAAUGUCAGUCCUUUACGUGCUCACAAUUCACCAUAGAGGAGCCAUCACAGAGAAAGAUGGCAAUGUGUCUUCCUGUAUUCUCUCCAUCUCUUGGAUGCCUUUCUUCACUGUCACCGUAACUGUCUGUCCACCUGUCUGCACAUGGUCGAGAGCUGCACUGGAAUCGUCCCGCAAGAAUCCUUUCACUCCCAUCUCUACCACACCUGCACCAGCCGCGAACAACCAAUCAGCAACCGCUCAAACAUUGAGUAACAACCAAUCCACACCUGGUCUAAGCGUCCCAGUUCCCACUCCUGGCACCAUCAUUAAGAAGGCCAAGUCCAGGCAAAUGGACAAAGAUGGCCACAGCAGGAACCGCCUCAGCCACACCUCAGCACCCAUGUACUUUGCCAAAUCCAAGAGACCUGUGUCCCCAGGUGCAGAAGGAGUGGGAACCACCAACCGGCUGCCUCCAGGUCAACAGCCAGCACCAAGGAGACAACGCAGCCUGCAUACUAAAGGAGCAGCGACAGCUCCAUCUCUAACAAGUGUUCACAUUGUGGAGACUAACCAAGAAAUCGGCGCACAAAGUUGUGAGCCAGCGGAGAGCUGCAGCUACACGCUAUCACUUCGUGGACAAAGGAUUUCUUCCAUAUCACAAAUUACUCUGCACAUGAUGUCAAGAAAUAGUGUGUGGGUGAAACAAUGUGGAGCCACUAAAGGACGUUCAUGUCUCAACCACACAGAGACAGAGCUCUACAGUGGACAGAGUACAUCAACAAAGGGGACUCAGCACCUCUGGUCAGUGCCUGUUUCAUCUGUCCAGGACAUCACCUAUCACUUCCGUGUCUCUCACUCAGGAGAAGUGAGUUGCGCUACAGAAGAAAAAGUCCCAUUGCACUCAGACUACCAUUUUCUUUUUCAAAGCAGCUGUGUGUGAGGAGAAAGAUGAUGUCUGCCUGUGUCCUCACACUUCAUCGUGUAUUUCCUAUUUGUGGUUCUAGAUGCAGACUUUUUUGAAAGGAUGUGAUCUCAUCUUAUUACUGUACAUUAUUUCAAAGAUAUUCAACAACAAACAGUACCACUGUUCCAACUGUAAUCCUUACCAAACAAAUCUUUAAUCAGAGAUCCCCAAUUCCUGUGAUCACUGGAUUGCAGCACCCUCCAAGUUGUUGGCACCCUCUGUUCAAACGUGUUAAACGCCAGAAAAUGAAUCCAACUUUGAUUGCAUUAGAAUAAUCUCACACUGAAACAAAUUGGUGUAUUGAUUAAGGCUGGGAGAAAAAGUCUGCUGUCAGAAGAUAUAUUCAUGACAUUUUGUAAACUACACAGAGAGAGAGACCUUCUAUCAUUGCUCUUUGCAUAAUCUCUUUACGUUGUUUAGACUCCUAAAUUCUGUCCUAUGAUCUUUUCUCUUCAGCUCGACCCGUGCGUUUCAAUAGAAUUUUUGUGUGGGGACUGGAAGAAGUUGGAGUUUAUGUGUCAAAUUGUGUCUAUUUCUGUGUCGCUCAUAUGUUUUGGAUCAUUAUACUGCUGAAAGUACCAAUGACGAUCUAUUUUCAGUUUUCACAGAUGCCACCGAAUUUUACUUAAAAUGUCCUGAAAUUUCAAACAGAUCUGAUUUGUUACAGCAUCACUGAUUGUGGUAUUGGUGUUUUUAUUAAAAAUGAUUAUUUCUGAAGAAAAAGUUUUUUUGAACACUGAAUAAAUGUUCAAGGGCUGCCAACAAUUAUGGACGCUGUUGUAGGACACUAAAAUGUUGUAGAUUACUGCAGUUAAUGCUGCUUGCUGCAAUGGUCCAAGCGAUAUCCAAAAAUGUAUGGUUACCUUUACAUUUGAUCAACAUGUCUUCCAGCUAUAGUAUAAGUCAAAAAUUUGCAUUUACAGUAUGCCUUUAUUCCUGAAUAUACCUCAGUAGUCCACACUGGUAAAUCUGUGGUGUCUUCGUUGAGGCUUUGUGUUGAGGCUGCUACUGGCAUUCACACUGUCCACUAUGUCUUCAUGCAAGAAAUAAAUUAAACACUGUGUUAUAAAAUGUUUAUAAAUUUGACUACACAGAAGUCGCUCCCUAUGCAAAGCUGUAGUGAAAAUGGGAGGUGAGACCCCUGAGUCAUUUAUUUGCAGAAUCACUGGAGGAUAAAUGGGUAGAAAAAAACUGGAAAAGUGAACAAAUCACUGGAAACAAACAUGAUGAUACACUGUUGCUUUUAGCAUGUGGCAGAAAAAUUAAGCAAGUUCUUCACUGACAAUAUUUUCACCAACACUGGAAUUGCUUACACUGCAUUUUGAUAACUGGUCAAUGGUGGUAAGGUAUGAAUUGGUAUAUCUUGUUACAUUUCAGGUGCAUGUCCAAUCAUUUCUCUAAAAUGAUACAUCAUGGCUUAGAGUGUAGAUCUAUUAUGAUGUAUUUUACCUUUUGGAUCAUAGAACUGGAUGACUCUCAGAGGGCGAUGAUAAAUUUGGAAAUUUUGCACUGGUUUUACUCUUCUGUGUGUAUGUCCUUGGAUCAUUAUUAAACAUAUCCCCCAUUGCCUAAAACAAACUAAGACUAUGCAGUGAUGACGUUUUUAUUAUAACUGUGUUGUAUGUUUACUUGUUUUUAAUUAUCUUUUUUAUUUCUAAUAACUUUGGACUUAAUUUCUGACAUAAUGUGUUGAUUAAAAACUGCCAUUUACUGUGUAUUUUAAAUGUAUCUAUGAUCAGGAAAAGCAACAAAAAAGUAACUCAAAAAUAACAUUAACAAUAAACAGGAUAAACAGCCAUCAAACAAAGAUUAUAGAAUUUAAAAUGUAUUCUGUAUAAUGCUUUCAGUGUACUCCUGUGGGUAGAGUGUACUAUUUUAGUUAUUUAAAAAGCACCAGAUAGCAUAAUGAAACCACUGUAGCACUUUUGUCACUGUAUAUAUAUAUAUGAGCUUCUUUUGCUUUAUCCAUUGCAUGAGCCUGAUGUCAGAUACCCAAUGUAGAACUGCAUUCCAUAUUAUUCUAUUUCAUCAUUUUGUACCUCCUUUUUAUCUGAUGUGCUUUAUUUUUUUCUGUUGUUUUUUUUUUUAUCAAUAGUAUUUUAACUAAGCAUCAGGAAUAAAGAAGACAGAGAAACUAUGGACACAUUUGUAAUUUUAGAUCUAUUUGAAAAAUAAAAGUAGCAUAAGACUAUAGCUGGCUAGAAUAAUACCACUACUUUAUAACACAUUUCCAUCAUUAAAGCUUUUUUGUCAAAAAUAAAUAAAUAAAUGCUGUAAUACUAUGAUUGCAUACAGUAAAUAAAUUGAUUAUUGCAUUGUC